AUGCCUCGAUUGAGAGAGAUCACAUCCAAGACGAAGACAUCCAGUCUGUCCGAGGCGCAGGUGACGACGGCGCCGCAAGUUACCAUGCCUGCUGUCGUUCCAGUCGAACGUCCCAAUUCUGACGAUUUUAUCAUGGGACAGAAUACCUGUGGUUUCACCUCAGGAACAACGAUAACUUGCACCGACCCGACCAAUUAUUGCAUGAAUAUUGGAGAGUAUCGAGGCUGCUGCGCUGGUUCAUUAGAUGAGUGCAGUGCCACCAUAUACACAACCUGCCAACAAGGUCUUGGCGCUGCCUACGAGCCACACGUGUUAUACUGCACGGGCGGUUCACCAUCUUGCAUGACUCACUACUAUACUACCGAUGCAAGCCCAGGAAGUACAUAUGCCAACGUUGCCUGCGGGACAAUGGACCUCUUCGGGCAAUUAUAUCCAUUUCCACCAGAACUGAUAACCACGACACUAGAUGUACAUCCCGUUGCGAGUACGGUGCCAGCAACGGAAAUCACUGAAAGUAACGGGACGAACAACAGGACUGUGGCCGUUGGGGCGGUAGUAGGCGCCAUAGUCGGUGCGAUCAUCCUGGUCGUCCUUCUCAUAAUAACCACAGUAUUUGUCGCAAGGAGAAAGCGUAUUCAAGCCCAACUAAGCACCUCUGCUGCUGCCGUGGCGAUGAGUAACAACAGAGUCACUCCAGAUACAUUGCCUCCUAUGUCGGAAGCAGAGCGCCGAAGACAUUUGCGACUCUCCACUAUACCCGAAGUCUUGAGUCCAACGUCUCCUAUAGGUGCCAAAGGGACCGGAAAGAUGUCACGUCUCAAAUCUAUUCGACGUUCAUACGGUCCAGACUGGCCACUGGGUACUUCUGAUCCCCUUGAGUCUCAUCCCGUACCACCGCCGCCGCCCCCUUCAAUGCAACAAACACCGAACAUGGAGAAGCUUCAGAGUGAGACCCGAUCCGUACCCACGCUCAGUUCACCCUCAGCGCCAGCUACCAGAUCCCCACCGCCGCAGCAGCAACAGCAACAACAGCCUCAAAGUCCAGAAAGUCAUAGUUCCAAAGUGUCACCGCCUACUCCCGACUCCACGAAAAUGAUGUUACAAAGCCCGAGAUUGAGCUACCAUCCGCUAAGCCCCCUAGAUGCGGCGUUCAAUGACGAAGUCGACAGCCGAGUAAGUCGACAUGGUGGAGCUAGGCCCCCAAAUGCCGAAAUAAUAGACGAUGGACUGGGUGAAGUGUCGCCUAUUGAUGACGAUGGGCACUUGAUGGAUAAUCGGUUGAGCCUGAUUUCCAUGCCAAGUUUGCGUGGGGAUAUAGAUCUCAUUGAUGAUAUUGUAAGCCCGGUCAGCCCUGAAAAAGAAGACGACCGAGAAGAAGGCACAUCUAGAGGUGGCGAUGUGAGUCCUAUCACUGUCAGCCCAACUGAGAGUCGGAGAAAUAGUUUGGAAAGUUAG